CCACUUAUAUAUUUUUCACCCUUAUGUUACUCACAUUCGUAUUGUGGCCGUCGGGUGGUACGCACGCGACUUCAUCGUACCGCCGCUUCAUACGCCGCGAUAUAAGUGCGAAAAGUUUCAAGUUUGUGAGUUGUUCAUUAAAUGAGUAAACGAUGACAAUGGACGUUCAAAAUAGCUAUCAAAAUUAUAAAGAGACUUCUCCUGAUAAUAAAGAAACGAAUUUAAAUAUUGAAAGUGCAAGAACUUCGCAAGUGAAACCAGAGAUGCAGUCGACUGUCCUCAAUUCUGGAAAAACGACCAAGAGAUCGUUUGAUGUUGCUUUCCUGAUGAUGCCGGAUGAGAAGGUACGACCAAAACCACCUGAAAGGCAGUUAAGAGUUUCUAAACAACUUUUUAAUAAUGAGGAAUGGGAGCCGGUGCCGAAACGGAUGGCAGAAAUAUACAAACACAACGAGUACUCAAGUUCAAUGGAUCUUAAAGACCAAGAUGAUGAUCGAAUCUGUGUCAACAACAACAUAUCGCCGAGUUUCGGUUCUGAUAUUAAUAUCGACGUCGGGACAGAUGAGUACCCCAGCAAAUCUAUGUAUUGUAGUGACUCGGAAAAUUCAGAGCGUUCAAGGAGCCGCCCGAACUCAAAUGAAAGUGCCGCGCGUCAGCCAAAGUUCUUACCAGAAUAUAAGAACAAGAUUUUUGAUGAUCCAACCUUAAUAAGCAUGCAGUCACGAGCAAGGUAUGAGAGAUAUUCUGAUAAAUCAGACAUGUCACCAAAAAGUGCUUUUACCAAAGUUUCCAACUUUUCUAUGAGAUCACCGAAUCCGUCAGUCAGUCCUGACAGCUUGCACUAUCAAAACUCUGUUAGCCCGCCGCUGUCGGCCGCCAGCCCUCCCUCAAGUUCAAGCUCUUUCAACAAAGCGCCAGGUUUUAAUAACCUACUUACACCGGCUCAUUUAAUAAAUGGCGGUCACUUUUUCAAAGCGCAAAGCAUGCCUCCAUCGUCUCCAAAUUAUCAAGAGACUGCGACUCAUCAACGAUCUUCAAGUUUCAAUAAAGGUUUGGAGUAUCAAGAUAAACAUGAUUCUAAAACUCCUCAAAUGUCUCCAAAUAAGUUGAACUUUUUACCGUUCCGGCCCGAGAUACCGUAUCUGCAAGCCGGGUCAUCGUACCCGUUCGGAGUCCAGAACUUCCAGCCACCGAAUCCUGAUUUUAUGAAGUUUCCUGUACCGCCGAGAGAAAACCCUUUGAUUGCUAAUCCUGCUGCAGCCAUAUUAAGCACGCUGUUACCUCCGACUUUGGCCGCAUUUUCUUUGCCGUCGCAGAACGUUUGCGCUAAGUGUAGCAUCAGCUUUAGAAUGACAUCUGACUUGGUGUAUCAUAUGCGCACUCACCAUAAGAGCGAGACGGCGAUCGACCCUCACAGGAGAAAACGAGAAGAGAAAUUAAAGUGUCCCGUCUGCAACGAGAGCUUCAGGGAGAGACAUCACCUGACUAGACAUAUGACAGCUCAUCAAGACAAAGAAGGUGAUCUCGACGAGGUGCCGGCUGGCCAGAGCUAUAGUAAGAAGAAUAAACAAUUUUUCUCACAUAACGGUGGUUCUGUUGUUCAUAAAUGAAACUUGUUGGCUUAGUACCGACAACCAAUCGCUGUUAAAUUCAAAUUAAUAUCUUUAAACUGAGCAAU